UCCGGCACAUGUUUGUCGUUUUCUCUAGUGCCGCCGAGACGCUUUCCUUCCACCUGCCGACCGACGCACGCGGACGCCUCCGUUCGUACUCCCGCCGCCUGUAGAGGCCUCGUCCUCUCGCCCACCGGCGAAAAACCGUUCCCCUCUGCCGUUUCCGGGUCUCUUAGUGCAAGCAAGGAGGCCGUUCCACGCUCCUCCAGCGAGCUCCGUUCUGAAGCGGCAAGAAAGAUGAUUAAUCUUUUCAAAAUAAAGGGUCAAAAGAAAGAUGAGGCAGCAAGUGCUACUGGAAAGGCCCCUGUUAAGAAACAGUCUGCUGGGGAGCUCCGUCUUCAUAAAGCCUCCUCCCAUUUACAACAUGUCUGAAGGUUCCGACACCAAUGCCAUGAUAUUUUUUGUAUGCUGGUGGCUGCUUCAGGCAUAUUCACAUCUGAAGAUAUUAGUGAGCUCAACCUGCCGAAGACCACAUCAAUUUCUUUUCCCAAUGGCAAGGAUGAUCUGAUGAAUUUUGAGAUCACCAUCCGACCUGAUGAAGGAUAUUACAUGGGAGGCGCUUUCGUUUUCACCUUUCAAGUGUCCCCAUCUUAUCCUCAUGAUCCUCCGAAGGUCAAAUGCAAGACCAAGGUGUACCAUCCAAAUAUUGAUUUGGAAGGCAAUGUCUGUCUGAACAUUCUGCGUGAAGAUUGGAAGCCUGUUCUCAACAUCAACACCGUUAUUUAUGGCCUGAAUCUUCUUUUUACGCAACCAAACGACGAGGAUCCUUUGAACCACGAAGCUGCAGCUGUCCUCCGUGGCAACCCAAAGAUGUUUGAGGCAAAUGUGAAAAGAGCCAUGACCGGAGGCUACGUAGGCCAACACUAUUUCCAAAGAUGCUUGGCUUGAUGUGAUGGCUUCAAGCCAGCGGGCCCAUGUAUCAGCACCAGCGCGCCCAGGUUUGGAGGAUUUUUGUGGAUUUAGGGCGCUUCUGGAAGCAAAGGUCAAAUCGGUCGUUGUUGAUAAUGUGAUGUACUCCCUCAGUUCUUUUUAUUUUUCAUGUUUUAGUAUAAAAAUGAACUAACAAACGACAAAUAUUCGAUAACGAGGUAGUAUCUGUUUGCCCUGUGACGUGUUUAAAACCGGUGAAUUUGGGGAUAUGGUGGUGUCACAAGGGAAAAUGCUUCUCCAAUUAUAUCACUCGAUAAAUACUAAACGAGAAAUGGGAACUGGAUUGUAAAGAAGAUCGCUUCUUUUCCAGAAAAAACAAAAUUGAGGUGGUAUCUUUGAUUU